CAUUACUCAAAGUUUCAAACAAACACAAGAACCUUAGCUGCUACUACUAUAUAAUACCACACACAUAACACAUUCCAUUACUACUACUACAUAUUAUUAUUAUUCUCUUCUCUUCAAUGGAUCCUAAUACUUGCAACAUGCAUUCACAUUGUGUACACAUGGAAAUUCAUCAAGUUGUUCCACCACCCCACAAAAGCACUUUAAACAAACUCAAAGUUAGGCUCAAGGAAACUUUUUUCCCUGAUGAUCCUCUGCGCCAAUUCAAGGGAAAAUCACUUAAAACAAAAAUUAUCUUAGGAGCUAACUAUUUUUUCCCUAUUCUUCAAUGGGGUUCUAAUUAUAGCUUCAAACUCUUUAAAUCUGACCUUAUUUCUGGUCUCACUAUUGCUAGCUUAGCCAUCCCACAGGGAAUUAGUUAUGCCAAGCUUGCAAAUCUUCCUCCAAUUGUAGGACUAUAUUCUAGUUUUGUUCCUCCACUUAUUUAUGCUGUUCUUGGAAGUUCAAGGGAUCUAGCAGUAGGACCUGUUUCAAUUGCAUCUCUUGUUUUAGGAUCCAUGCUUAGACAAGAAGUAUCUCCUUCAGCAGAACCUGUUCUGUUUCUACAACUUGCUCUUACUUCAACUUUCUUUGCUGGUUUAUUUCAAGCUUCACUAGGAAUUCUAAGAUUAGGAUUUAUCAUUGAUUUUUUAUCAAAGGCAAUCCUAAUUGGAUUCAUGGCUGGUGCUGCUAUAAUUGUGUCUUUGCAACAACUUAAGAGCUUACUUGGAAUCACACAUUUUACUAAAGAAAUGGGUCUUGUUCCUGUUAUGACUUCUGUUUUUCACAAUAUACAUGAGUGGUCAUGGCAAACAAUAGUGAUGGGAAUUUGCUUCUUGGUGUUGCUACUAAUAGCAAGACACGUUAGCAUAAGAAAACCAAAGCUAUUCUGGGUCUCAGCUGGAGCUCCUCUUAUGUGUGUCAUCAUCUCUACUCUUUUUUGUUUUGCAAUCAAGGCUCAAAAUCAUGGCAUCAGUUUAAUUGGAAAAUUACAUCAAGGAAUAAAUCCUUCUUCAUGGAAUAUGUUGAAAUUUCAUGGAAGUCAUCUUGGUCUAGUCAUGAAAACUGGCCUAAUCACUGGCAUUUUGUCACUCACCGAAGGUAUUGCAGUAGGAAGGACAUUUGCAGCUCUGGGAAACUACAAAGUGGAUGGAAAUAAGGAAAUGAUGGCAAUUGGGUUCAUGAAUGUGGUUGGCUCCUCCACUUCCUGCUAUGUUACAACAGGUGCUUUCUCUCGUUCAGCUGUUAAUAAUAACGCAGGAGCGAAAACAGCAGCUUCAAAUAUAGUAAUGUCUGUGACAGUGAUGGUGACACUUCUUUUUCUUAUGCCAUUGUUCCAAUACACGCCUAAUGUUGUAUUGGGUGCAAUCAUAGUCACAGCAGUGAUUGGCCUCAUCGAUAUCCCUGCUGCUUGCCACAUUUGGAAGAUAGACAAAUUCGACUUCCUUGUGAUGUUAAUUGCUUUCUUGGGUGUUAUUUUUAUCUCAGUCCAGGAAGGUCUUGCUAUUGCAGUUGGAUUGUCGACUUUUAGGAUACUCCUGCAAAUUACAAGGCCAAAAACAGUAAUGAUGGGGAACAUACCAGGGACAGACAUAUAUAGAAAUCUUCAUCAAUACAAGGACGCUACAAGAAUACCAGGCUUUCUUAUUUUAAGCAUCGAGGCUCCGAUCAAUUUUGCAAACAUCACAUAUCUCAAUGACAGGUUAGUUUCAGCUUUGCAUAGUUUAUCAAGUAUGUUAGUUUUAUUGUCUGCAUUAUUGUUUCCUCUGUUACUCAACUAUUUAGUAUCGACAUUUCAUAUUAGGACAUUGCGAUGGAUUGAAGAGGAAGAAGAAGAUAACAUAAAGGAACAAUCAAGUCUUCGAUUUUUAAUCCUGGAUAUGUCAGCUGUGAGCGCCAUUGACACAAGUGGAAUCUCACUUUUCAAGGAGUUAAAGGCAACAAUGGAAAAGAAGGGUGUUGAGCUUGUGUUGGUUAAUCCUCUCGCCGAAGUCAUUGAAAAGCUGAAAAAAGCAGACGAAUCUAAUACUUUCAUACGAGCAGACAACCUUUUCUUGACAGUUGGAGAGGCUGUGGCGUCACUUUCAUCAACAAUGAAGACCCAAUCAACCACGACAGAAGAAGCACAUACAAUCGUUCCACAUUACUGAUUAAUUAAUCAAGAUUGCAGGAUAAACAUGGCAAGAUUAAAAAGAAGUAGAUGCGGCAAAAACAGACCACGUAGAAUUCGUAUCAAAUCAAUUGUUGCAACAUUCUACACUAUACAGUUUAAACAAUUAAAGUGAAAUGUAACUUUAUCAGUGUGCUGCUGCUUAUUAGAUAUGCCUCACAAGGAUUUUGUUCAUAAUGGCAACAACUUGAUGCUUUUCAACUCAAGCAUUCACGUUGAUUUACAUGCACUCUUCAGCACAUUGAUCAUAUAA